UAUUAAACUGACUUGUUGAAAUUCAAAGUUAACAUUAUGAAUUUUUGGAGAGGAGUUUUGUUUAGUUUAGUAUCAACUUCAUUUGUCAAUGCGGACUGCAAUGCUGACAUUGAUGAAUAUUUCAAGGGAUUGGAUCCAAAUAAUCCUUCCGACCUGCAGCUGUGGUCUCUUGAAAUGUUUGAUUCAUCAUCAAAAUUCUUUACGGAUGGGGUCAUGGAACUCGCAUUUCGUUACCAACUUGGAAAUUUCGACCAAUGCGUUGCAAUAAAUGGACCUCAAGGAACAGACGGAAACCCCAGAUUUACGGGCCAGUAUUGCUUUUUUGAUAUUGGAUUGCAGCUUCCUUCGAACGACGAAGUUAAAAAGUCUUUCCAACUGCAGCAAAAUUUGCAAAGGAUUACAAAUAUUUACACUGCAAAAGCGACAGCCGAACCCCUAAAUAUUCCCAGAACGUUUUGGGGCGUGUGUGCACCGUCAUCUUGCGGCUUGGACGGUGUUAAGCGAGUUGCCGAUUUUAACAUGCAGUUUUUCGCAAACCCUUUGGGUUUUGAGGCAAAUACGACCGUGGAGAAAAACUCUUGCUAUUACGAAAACGAUGGAUCCAUGGUCCUUGACGCAGCGUCCUGGUGUUUCAUAGCAUUUUCCUCGUUACUGGUGUGCUUGAUAUCCGUGUCAACUAUAUUAGAAAUUGUCUUUCCGACGAUAGGAUCAUCAGGAUGGAAAUCAAUUUUUAAUGCGUUCUCACUGAAACAAACUCUUAUAAAUGACUUACUGAAGCUUCCUAAAAAGUCUGGUCAUUUGGGAUGCUUACACGGCAUGAGAACUUUAACCAUGAUGUGGGUCAUCUUAUGCCAUACCUAUUCCAUCACUCCAAGUUUUCCAAUGCAAAAUUUUAAAUCGUUUUCAGCUCAGUUUAUGCAGCAAUGGUUCAUGGCACCAAUCCUUAAUGGCUACUUAGCAGUUGAUACCUUUUUUCUGUUGGGUGGAUUGCUGACUGUGUAUGUUCCAAUGAUGGACGUGGCGAAGGGAGGAAAAUUCAAUGUGCUCAAGUAUUACCUCUACAGAUAUUUAAGGAUCACCAUUCCACUAGCAAUGGCUAUCUGGUUUGCGUCUUCAGUAAACAUUUAUAUAGGAAAAGGACCAUUAUGGUUUUUUAAUAACCGCUCCGCUUUGAAAUAUUGCCAGGAAAAUUGGUGGCCAAAUCUUCUAUAUAUUUCAAAUUACUACUUUAGCUAUUGCCUGCUGCAUUCUUGGUAUCUUUGUGUGGACAUGCAGCUUGCUCUUCUGGCGCCAUUGAUUAUUUAUCCCCUGAUUAAGUGGCCAAAAUAUGGCUUAGUGGCGAUUUUCCUUCUGACAUUUGGCUCGAUUGCUGCGGUUUUUGCUGUUACGUAUACAGAGAAUUUGCCGUGGACGUCGCAGUUCAACGUCGAGGGUGUCGUUGCGGAACGUUACGGGAGAAUCAUCUAUGGAAACACACCAAUGAGGGCAUCCCCAUAUUUGAUCGGAAUGGCCCUUGGGUAUGCCCUGAGCAAGAAAUUUCACGUGCCCUUGACCCGGUGGGGUGUUUUCCUAGGAUGGCUAGUCAGCACGGCUCUUGCACUCUCAGUUGUAUUUCUGAUUCUUGUACCAUACUCGGAGGGCUAUGUUCGAAACGCAUUAAAAUCUGCUUUCUACUCAAGUCUACACAGACCUGCUUGGUCCAUCAGUCUUUGCUGGAUAAUAUGGGCUUGUGUCAACGGCUAUGGAGGAGCUGUUGACAAAAUUCUAUCGUGGAAAUACUUCAUCCCGGCAAGCAAAUUAACAUUCUGUGGUUAUUUGAUGCACAUUUCGGCCUUGAACCUAUAUUCAAGCCUUCGCAGAACUCCAUUCUUCGUCUCACACAUAGAAAAUUGGUACGUGUUUAGCAGUUGUAUCUUCCUCACCCUGCCAUAUACUCUUCUUCUCUACUUGGUGGUAGAAGCACCAUCAAUGAAUUUGAUGCGCUUGGCGUUUAAAAAAAGAUUGAUCAAACCAGGACCAACAUCGGGCAACACAAAUAAAAUGCUUGAAAAGAAGUCAUAAAAGGAGUUACUCCCACGCAGCUUGAAAUAAAUUUUCAAUUGCAAGAUAAUUACGUACGUCAUGAUUUAUAUUUAUCAAAUGAUGCAAUAAAUAUUUUCCUUUUUUGGCCUUAUU